AUGUAUUUGGAAAACAAAAGCAACCUGGAUAUUGAGUUGUCUCAGACGUCAGCCCAAGGCCCACAGGGAAGGAGUAGCCUGAGGUCACCAGAGGCCGUCGCCGGGAACUUUGAGGAGCUGCUUUUACUGCAAGGAUUCUCAGAGCGGAGAGAAACCCAGAAGCUGCAGUCUUCAGGUCUGCCCACGGGACAGUGUGCCAUCCAUAAUGAUGGAUUUCUCCCUGUUCGACAAGAGGAUGGGCACAAUUUUGGCAUGUUUAAUAUGUUUCGAGGAAAAUCAAGUUCAGCCAACCAUUCAGAGAGAUCACCACUGCUGAGAUUCUCUCAAGAUGAGAGUAUUACCUACAUGACCCUACAUGAACCCAGCUUUGUUGAAGGGGAAGGGGAGCCCUGGGACAAUGGUCCUCUAGACCUGGAGAGGAGGUAUAGACUGGGCAGUGAGGUCAACAGCCUGUCCCUGUCCCGCUCCGGCUCCUCAGAUAAGGACCCCAUGGACAACAUCAACUUCAGACUCACUAGUAGCAUGAGACGGUGCCUAACAGUCUCCAGAAUUGCCAUAAUCUUUACUGUUCUUGUUUUCUGCAGUCUCUUCUUCAGCAUGUAUCCAGAUCGAAAUAACCCCUGGAGGAUGCUGGCGGUCUCCUCAACAGAAAGUUUCUCAAUGAACAUGACAGAUUUUCGAGACAACGCUUUGCUAAGGCUCCAGGUUGGAGGGCCUUUCGCAGGAGGAAUGAUUGACUUCACCAGACAGGAGUACAUCCUGAUCCAGGUGGAGCAGACCGAGCAGGCCGGACAACGGAGGAGGCGGGCCCAGACGGUUAUGUAUAACUGGACCAUUCCUCUACAUGGUGAACGAAGUGACCAGAUACUGUUAACAAAAACCUUCGAGAUGAUCAGCAGCGAUCCCAUCUCCAUCACAGUUCAGGCCUUUCUGCAUGAGAACGAGGUGGUGCCGUUAUCCAUGACACACCAGUCGCUCUAUGUCAACGUGGAGACACAGGUUGCCAUCGCUGGCAUCAUCCUAACUGGAGUCUAUAUUCUCAUCAUCUUUGAGAUUGUGCAUCGCACCCUAGCUGCCAUGCUGGGAUCUUUCGCAGCCUUAGCAGCUCUGGCUUUCAUUGGUGAUCGGCCCAGCCUGGUGACUGUGGUUGAGUGGAUUGACUAUGAGACUCUGGCUCUUCUGUUUGGAAUGAUGGUGCUGGUGGCCAUUUUCUCUGAAACUGGCUUCUUCGAUUAUUGUGCCGUGAAGGCCUAUCAAUUAUCCAGAGGAAGAGUUUGGCCAAUGAUCAUCAUCCUCUGUCUCAUCGCCGCCAUUCUCUCAGCUUUUCUGGACAAUGUGACCACCAUGAUGCUUUUCACUCCUGUCACUAUAAGGUUGUGUGAGGUGCUUAAUCUAGACCCCAGACAUGUCCUGAUUGCAGAAGUAAUCUUCACCAACAUUGGAGGGGCUGCCACAGCUGUCGGUGAUCCACCCAAUGUGAUUAUAGUAUCAAAUCAGGACCUGCGCAGAGAAGGAAUUGAUUUUGCCAGCUUCACAGGCUACAUGUUUCUCGGAAUCUGCCUCGUCCUUCUCACCUCAUUUCCUUUCCUGCGGAUGCUCUACUGGAACAAAAAACUCUACAACAAAGAGUCCAUUGAAAUAGUUGAACUCAAGCAUGAGAUCCUGGUUUGGAGGCAGACGGCUCAGCGCAUUAACCCCGCCAGCAGAGAAGAGACAGCUGUGAAAUGUCUCCUGAUGCAAAAAGUCCUCAACCUGGAAAAUCUGCUCCGCAAGAUGAUGAAAACCUUCCAAAGACAAAUUUCUCAAGAAGAUAAGAACUGGGAACAAAACAUUCAAGAACUGAAAAAGAAGCACAAAAUAAGUGACAAGGUGCUCUUGGUGAAGUGCUUGUCUGUCCUUGGAGUUGUGAUCUUCAUGUUCUUUGUCAACUCCUUUGUUCCCAGCAUUCAUCUUGAUCUGGGUUGGAUUGCCAUCCUGGGUGCCCUGUGGCUCCUGGUUCUGGCUGACAUUCAGGACUUCGAGAUCAUCUUGCACCGGGUGGAGUGGCCGACGUUACUCUUCUUUGCCGGCCUCUUCGUCUUGAUGGAGGCUUUAGCCCAGCUGCAGCUCAUCGACUAUAUCGGAGUACAGACGGCUCUGCUUAUAAAAGCGGUGCCAGAAGACCAGCGCUUGGCUAUAGCCAUUAUCUUGGUGAUGUGGGUCUCGGCUCUGGCCUCGUCUCUCAUCGACAACAUUCCCUUCACUGCCACCAUGAUUCCAGUUCUCAUCAACCUCAGUCAGGAUGCAGAUGUGAACCUGCCAGUUAAACCUCUCAUCUUCGCUUUGGCCAUGGGAGCCUGUCUUGGAGGAAACGGCACAUUAAUAGGAGCAUCAGCCAACGUUGUUUGUGCAGGAAUAGCUGAACAACAUGGCUACGGCUUCUCCUUCAUGGAGUUCUUCAGAUUAGGAUUCCCCAUGAUGAUAAUGACGUGUAUGAUCGGCAUGUGCUACCUGCUGGCCACACAAGUCGGACUAAGAUGGAAUAUGUAACACCAACAGAGCCAAAGAAACUGUGUGUGUGUGUGUGUGUGUGUGAGAGUGUGAUUGUGUGACGUCUCCUUCAUGCAUUCAGCUCACUGUAAUGUGUGUAAGUAAACUGAUUGAGAUCAGGUUACAGGCACUGUUUGAAGCACAGCAGCCAUAUUUUGUUAAAUGUCUUUGACUAAAGUGCAGACCAGCAGGGACCAGAAUAACAGGUGCUGCUUUGAACAAAACGUUAAAACAUCCAAAAAUAUGAUGCAUAAGCUCUUGGCGACUGGUCCACUGUCACCCUGUUGAGUUGUACCAACUUUGUCAGAAACUUGAACCUUUUUGUCCUCAGCAAAGAGUCGAUCCAAGGGAAGGAAAUGUGUCUUUACUGUAAAGUAUUACAAAAUGUCCCACUCCAUAAUGCUGUGUAUGCUGCUACUGCAUCAACGGGUGUAACUGGUGUAUGUGAUUCCAGCUACGGCCACUGAUUGGAAAUCUACAUCGUGUGGUCUGUUUACAUAAAGCUCCAGCUAAUUUAUCUACACAUGUAUCUCAUGAUUUGCUUUUAGAGAUAUUUAGGACACUGAUUAACUUGUUAGAGGCAAACUUUAGCAAACUUCUGUUGAUAUUUUAAAGGAACAACGAGACCCAGUGAAAGGGAUUUUAUAAAGGUUAAUGUCUGAUAUAUUUACCAGCUGCCCAAAUGUCAACACCUCAUGGAUGAAUCUGAAGAACAAACACAGCAUCAGCUAGAUUGGAAAAUAGCAAAAUGAUUAAAUGAAACGGAUGUAGACUGUUAUCUAAAGAUUGUAUCUAUUGUACUGUGUACACAUUGAUCUCAUGUAAACUCAAUGAUUUAAUUCAGUUAGUCAUAUUUAAGGUAGGAGAAGUUGAAUCAUGUAAAUGCUCUUACAUGGAAUGGGCUGCACCACCUUUCCUUUUCUUGUUGAAAUGAUUACCUGUAUUUAUUGUACAGCCCAACAACUUGAACUUCAUUCAUGUUUAAUGGUUGAGAC